AUGGAGUUUGACAUCAGGGUGCAGCCGAAGGCCGGGCGCAACAGCGUCGAAAUCGACGGCGACAAAGUAACAGCGCGGGUUACUGCGGCCCCGGAAGGCGGCAAGGCCAACGACGCGGUGGUGGCCCUGCUGGCAAAGCGGCUCAAGGUCGCCAAGCGCCGGGUGCACAUUGUGCGGGGACACAAGGCGCGGGACAAGCGGCUGCGCAUUGAGGACAUGACGGCAGGCGAAGUCUUCGCCCGCCUGUCGGAGUCGAAGUGA